GUACUGAAGGGAGAACGUGAGUAGGGUAGGGUGUCGGUUGAGGGGUCUGGGGUCUCGUUUCGCCAGGCACCUCGUGGGGCCGGGGUAGAGUCGAUAUCCGGGACGGAGAGAGGCUGCGGUGCCCCGACAGGCUGCCUCUGAAGAGCGCUGUCAUUUCCGCAGGCCCGGCCAGAAAGGGAGCUCGGGCACGUUCCAGAGUGUGAGACCCAGUGCCCCUCGCCCGCUCGCCGCAGGCUUCCGUCCCCGCCAUGGCUGAGCUGAUCCAGAAGAAGCUACAGGGAGAAGUGGAGAAAUACCAACAGCUACAGAAGGACUUGAGUAAAUCCAUGUCAGGGCGGCAGAAACUUGAGGCACAACUAACAGAAAAUAAUAUCGUGAAGGAGGAACUGGCCCUGCUGGAUGGGUCCAACGUGGUCUUUAAACUUCUGGGUCCUGUGCUGGUCAAACAGGAGCUGGGGGAGGCUCGGGCCACAGUGGGGAAGAGGCUGGACUACAUCACAGCUGAAAUUAAGCGAUAUGAAUCCCAGCUCCGGGACCUCGAGCGGCAGUCAGAGCAACAGAGGGAGACCCUUGCCCAGCUGCAGCAGGAGUUCCAGAGGGCCCAGGCAGCAAAGGCAGGGGCUCCUGGGAAGGCCUGACCCUGUGGUGGGGGGGCGGGGAGGGGAGGGAACGAGGCAGCUCUAGGAUCUAUACUGUAGCUAAUAAAAUGUGAAAACUUCUAGCUGUUUCCUGACCAG